AUGAGCUUAAAGACUAAGGGAAACACUGCAAUUCUAUUUGGAUGGACAUCUAAAAUCAUCAUUACCCGCCUAAAAGGAUCUGGAGAGACUUGCACAAUGUUGUUUGGAGGCAGUAAACAGAGGCAAGAAAAUGGCGCUUAUGUUACUCGAACUGAUAUUACCUACGAUUACGAUUCUCGCGAUGCCGUCGAUUGGUGUGGUAAUAUUCUUUGGCUAAUUUUUGGUGGCUUUCUCAUCUCUUUUCAAUGGUUGCUUUUUGGCCUUUUAUUCUCCAUUACAAUUAUCGGUAUUCCAUGUGGACUUGUUUGUUUUAAGAUGUCUAUGUUGACGCUAUUACCAUUUGGCAAGGAUAUCGUUCACAGAAAUCCAUUUACCAUGGAAGAUGACGGGGAUAAAUUAGUUGCAGCACUCAUCGAAAAUAGUCAACCCUAUCGUUGGAUGCUACGCUAA